UCCAUUCGUUUCUUUGUCCUGUCCAACCAGGUUCCAGCCAGCAACUCUCUCUGCUCCUCUCUCUCUCUCUCUCUCUCUCUCUCUCACUCUCUCUCUGUCUUGCAGAGCCCUAGGAUUUCUCUGUCGCUAUUUUUAUUUUGUCUUGGUCUGAUGCUAGGGAUCGUUUCUUGGAGCACAGAGGAAGAGAAGAGGAUCACAGAGUUGCUAGUCUCGAUCUGACAGGAACUGUUUUCUAUUUAUGCCAUGGCAAAUUCAAAAGGUUCUUCAAACAUCAGAAAUUUUCCAUACUCAGGAAAGCAAUCACUGCUGCCUCCUAAAAGUCCCUUCCCAAGCAUUCCAUCAUCCUAUGCUGAAUAUGGCACCAGUCCUGCAAUAGUAUCGAAAGGUAUUCCGAAGCCAAGAGAGGGGCAUAGACACCACCAACGUACUUCCUCUGAGAGCAUUUUAAUAGAGGAGCAACCCUCUUGGCUUGAUGAUCUCCUUAAUGAGCCAGAGACACCUGUGCGACGAGGUCAUCGGCGGUCUUCAAGCGACUCAUUUGCAUACUUGGAUGUUGCUAAUGCUUCUAACAUGGAAUAUGUAGCUCAGGAGGACAAGUUUAAAAAUGCCUCUGUACCUACUUGGGGAUCAUUGGAAUUUGAUCCUUAUCAAGAUGCACGGCAUGCUUCAUUCUAUACAGAGCCAAAUUCUUUGGGGAGGCAGCGGAAUAGGUCAUGGGAUUCAUUGAAUUCUGUUUACUACCAAAGUGGCAAGCCAUCUUCCAGGGAUAAUAUUGUACGUCAAAGCUCUGGACAGUUGUCAGUUCCACAGGAACCAGAUGGAGUUUCAUCUACUGCUACUGACAAGCAAGAACUAGAGGAAUCUGGGUCCAAUAAUCCAAGAGGUUCUUCUGAUAAGAGGGAUAAUUCUUAUGCUAAGCCUUCUGCAUCAGAGACAGAUCCAAAGCGUGCCAAACAGCAAUUUGCUCAACGGUCACGAGUCCGGAAACUUCAGUACAUAGCUGAACUGGAAAGGAAUGUCCAAGCUUUACAGGCAGAAGGGUCUGAAGCUUCAGCUGAGCUUGAAUUUCUGGACCAGCAGAAUCUUAUAUUGAAUAUGGAGAACAAAGCCCUGAAGCAACGGCUUGAAAAUUUAGCACAGGAGCAACUUAUAAAAUAUUUGGAGCAGGAGGUGUUGGAGAGGGAGAUUGCAAGGCUACGAACUUUGUAUCAGCAACAGCAGCAGCAACCACCACAAGCAUCAUCAGCUCAUCGCCGUGCCAGCAGCAGAGACUUGGAUUCCCAAUUUGCCAACCUCUCUUUAAAGCACAAAGAGGCCAGUUCUAGUCAUGAGCCAGUUUCUGGGUCACUUCGUAUUUGAGUUCUCGUAGGAUGUGCCUUGUUAUUUGGGCCACUGCCACUCUAUAUUUGAGUUCGCAUAGGAUGUGCCAUAGUUGUACCUUUGCUUGCUUCACACUGGCGACCGAGGAAGUGUCUUUCAUUGAGAGGCACCAAGUGUAGUCAUUAGAACCUGACACCCUGACAGAACUGCUUUGCCUCCCCACCAACCAUAUUAUUGUGUUUUAUCUUCAUAUGUGCACCUGGUGGUCAUUGCCGGAGAAAGGUUUUUUUUUCUGGAUGACGAUUCAUCGGAGGUGAUAACUUCAGUCUUCCCCCCCCCCUCUUCCCCUCUUUAUGUUUCUUUAUCUCCCUCGUAUCCUAGAAAGUGAUUCUUAUUUGAAAUUUUAUGGCCAUGAUUUUCGCUUGUGCCCAAUUGAAUCCCUUCUCAUAAGUAGCGGCACCAUGGUCUUUAUUGCCUUGACAAUGUACUGUUUGUAUAGAUUGCAAAAGAUAGGUUAGAUGUAGGAUUGGGGACUUAUCUACUGUCUUGUGGGAAUGAAUGAUUGAAGAUGACUUGAGUAGGGCACGCAAGAUGUUUGCAUGGAACCUAAGCCUCCUAUAUUCUUAAAUUUGUUUUUCUUUGAAGAUUUGCAUUUGAAGAGCUGGGUUGAAUCCAGUGUGAGAUUGGUAUAACUACGACAGCAAACACUCACAAGUUGAAUUUUAUCUUAGAAGAUUUUAAAAGCCAGACUACUUUGGAUGGUAGACCUGAUUCAAUUGAACAUGAUUUGAUUAUCUUAGAAGCUGGAUGUGUGAAAUUUGCAGUUAAUUAGUGUGGCAAUGAUAAAAAGAAUAUUUCUGGUGUUUUUG